UUAUCUAAAAAGGCAACAGGAAAAAGUAAUAGUAAAACUGAUAAAAUAACUCACAUACAUAUUCAUAAUCGCUACGGAACCUCAUUCCAAUUAGUUUGUCUCACAAUUUCUAAAGACAGUGUUUUUUCGACUUUCAUGAAUAUUCAAGUGAAAUUAUGAUUAACAUAAAAUUAAUAACUGCAUUCACGAGAUUCAACAUGAAAUUACCAGACUAAAUAAUUGUUUUACGCAACAGAUGCAAACUUGAAGCUAGCAGCACAGGAUCAUAGAUAUGAAAAACUAAUUAGUUCGGUUUAAUGCUGUACACACAGAAAAAGCUGUUUUCUAACCAGGAUAGAAAUCUUCAAAAUACCAAUGAGGAUGCGUAAUGGGGGAAGGUUCUUUUUGGAAGAUUCGAUUGUUUGUUUUGGCAAUCUUGAUCAGCUGCGUUCUGUCACCAGGAAAAGGGCACGUGAGAAAGGAGGACAUCGAGGCCAGCCUGGCCGUCAUCCACGAGGUGUCGGCGAAGUCGCUGGGCUCGCUUUGCGUCACCGAGGAGUUCAGGUCGCUGAGUGCACCCCUUCAAACCGUGCGCUUCGACUCGGCCAGGCAAAAGGCCGACCUAGCGGCCACCCUUCUCCAGGACCUCGGGGUCGCCCAUCACAAUGGGUUGCAAGACGCCAUCUGCAGGAACCUGCUCGUCACGGACAAAUCGGUGUUGUCCGCCCGCGUCCUGGCCAUAAACGCCACGACCGGCAACCUCAUCAAUUUCUCCUGGUGGCAAAAGCAGGGCCUCGAGAUGGGCGGCCCUAGGAAAGUUACGGAGGUCGGCCUCGGUCUCGGACAGCGACCCAACACCGAAUACCCCUGGUAUGAAGAUGCUGAUUCAAGUCCGAGCUUGAGGUCUCCCAAAUUCAUCGAAAGUCCUCCAAACGUUUCGUACAGGGGUUGGUGGACUUAUCCUUACUAUUCAUGUACAGCAAGGAGAUGGUUAAUUUCUUACAGCGUUCCAAUUACACCUCCAUUAAGAAGAGGAUUGAAAGGUUUCCUGAGUUUGGACGUGGACGUUUCACACUUACAGGUGAACCAGUGUGAAUCAGGGCGUGUUGAUAAAGACAUAUUGGAUACUGAGAUCGUGACGUUUCAUGGAUCACACAAAUGCCAUAACAUCACUUCGCAAUGUGUUUAUCAACCAGCUGUGAAUUCGUUCGGCUGGGCCAGAGGACGAUACGAGUGCGUUUGCAGGGCGGGUUAUUACUCACCCCAUCACAAUGGGAGAUUUAAUGGAACACUGGUCGAAGUUGCUUGGGAAGGAAGACAAGAAAACAUUAGUGACUCUUGGGACACAAUUUUCCAGUGUAUUGCAUGUGCCCCAGGCUGUCAUAACUGUACGGACGACUCACCAUGUUUAGCUACAUAUCACUGGCCAUUUAGAAUCACCUUGUUAGUUUUCAGCGUGUCGUGUGCAUUUUUCACCAUCGUUUUGAAUGUCUACAUGUUUAAACACAGGAAGUUGAAGGUGUUCAAAGUGGCCAGCCCCAUUUUUCUCAGUAUUACUUUGUUUGGUUGUGCCACAAUGUAUCUGGAGAUGGCCGCUAUUUUUCCAGUAUUAGAUACGUAUUCCUGUAUAGCAACUAAAUGGUCGAGACAUUUGGGAUUCUGUAUAACAUACACCGCUUUGUUAAUGAAAACAUGGAGAGUCUCGCUAACAUACAGGGUCAAAUCCGCUCACAAAGUCAAGCUCACGGACAAACAACUGUUGCAAUGGAUGGUGCCAAUUUUAUUGGUGAUGCUAAUUUAUCUCGGAACCUGGACUCUAUCCGACACUCCGACCGCUGAAGAGAUUGUCGACAACGAAGAGCUGAGGUUCAAGCAAUGUGUCUACAAUUGGUGGGAUCAUAGUUUAGCUAUUGGCGAAGUCUUGUUUCUUGCUUGGGGCAUUAGAGUUUGCUACAAUGUUAGAAAUGCCGAAUCUUUAUACAAUGAAGCAAGAUUGAUUAGUUAUGCAAUCUACAACAUAGCAAUUGUGAAUAUUCUGAUGAUUGCUUUUCAUUUAUUUAUAUUUCCAAGAGCAGGACCUGAUAUAAAGUACCUAUUAGGAUUUAUUAGAACCCAGUUGUCAACCAGCACAACUAUGACAUUAGUUUUUGGUCCAAAGGUAAUUAGAGUGUUGAGAGGUCAAGGUGACCAAUGGGAUAACAGAGCAAGAUCCAGAGGUGUCACUGCAUCAUUCUCCUUAAAUGGAAUAGGUCUAGUUCCAGAAGAAGCUCCAGAUUUGUAUCAAGAAAAUGAAGAAUUAAAAGAAGAAAUUCAAAAACUCGCUGCUCAAAUUGAGUUCAUGAAAAUCGUGCACAUGGAGAUGAACAACAGACACGUGAAACCAAAAACCGGUGGCUACUUCACCACCUUGAACGCCCCGAACGUGGUACAUAGCCCGUUGACGAAAACCGGCUGCAUAUUGGGCAAACAGCCCGAGGAACUUUAGCCAAUAGAGGGCAAUUAUGAAACGUGGUUUGGUUUUGGGUAUUGUUUCAACGUUAAGGACAAUAACAAACCUGUUAGCGUUUAGACGUUUUAAGUGGAUGUUGGUGAAGGAAACAGGACAAUUGGAUCUAAAUGUUAAUUGUAUUUCUGUUGGUCUUUAAAUUGGGAAAGUUGUCUUGUUCACUUCGGGUAAAAUUAGAAAUUUGUCCUCUUUCAUAAUUAUCAAGAACACAACAACUAACAAUAACCCUAAAACGACUAACCACAUUUUCUACAAAAAUUUGCAGACACACUCAAAAUUUGGAAAAUUAAUUUAUGUUAAUGUUGAUAUACCAUUUAAUUAAGGCAAAUAUAAUGUUGAUAGGCUACAAACUUUAGAGUAAACAUCACCAGACAUGAACUGUCUGAAAUCCUGUGUUAUUAUCAGAAACUUAACCAGAAUUAAACUGGAAACUCGAGAUGAGAUUCUACUUAGAAACAACCUUUAAACUUAUUGUUUAAUUGUUGAAACUUUGCAUUAUAUGAAUUUGCCGCAACUUCAAAACAGGAAACUGUCAGUUGUUACGACUUCUAAUCUUCAAUCUGUGCAGAUAGUAAAUGUUUUUAAAAAUGUAGUCGACGCCAUUGUUUACAUAUACACAAAUGCGUAACCCUCGGGAGAUCUUAAGUUGACAUGACAUGAUAUACGCUAAUUCUCUGUUUCAUAAUUGCCCUUUAUGUAAUUUAACCUUAUAUGGAGUUCUAGUUUAUCCCUUUUAUUCCAUUUGCGCUUCAUCAGUGUACCAAAAAGUAUUUGUUUAUGUGUUCUCAAAGUACAAAACUCUGAAUUUUAAACCAAUCUCAAAUUGAAUGGUUUGUAUUAAAGUAUAAAAAGUAUUUCUAGGAAUUUCCAUAGAAAUUACAUUAUAUUAUAAGAUUUAGUCAGAAGUGUUCAAGAAACGUCUGACGUUAGUCGUUAAUGCAGAUCAUUUGAUCUGAAGCUGGUCUUAUUCAAAAUUGUAAAUGUCAAUAUAAAAAAGUAUAUUCAUAUUUAAUUUCGUACAUGUAUUACGUAAACAAUCUGACUGAUUUUAUAUAGGAAAGAAUAGAUAUGCUUUUAAAAUGUGUGAUAAAAAUAGUGACGCAUAUUAGGAGGAUAGUGAAGUGUAUUUAAGAAAAUAUAAAAUUUUAAAUGUAAUUUUAAAUAAAUGUUGACUACGUAUAUGUUGAUGAUAAAAUUUGCUAUAAAUGUGAAACAAGUCGUUGUAUAAAUCAGUUACGAAUAAAUCACACAUUGGUUUAUGCACCUUUCAUAAUAUUCGUAAAUGAUAAUGUACCAACGAUUUUAUUAAUAAAUGUUACUAUUACAACCUGUGUUAUAUUAGAUGCAUAUAUAGUGUAUAUCCAUUGUUUUCUGUAAGUAUUUCAGAAUGAUUGAAAACUUAUUUGUGAUAGAUAAUAAAAAUUAUAAUAUAGACAAUACCACUCAAUUAACGUAGUUGGAAACAAAAUUCUCAAAAAUCAGGCAGGUCGACUAUUUGUCAAUAGUGAUUUGUGUUUUACCAGACCUGCGCUGAACUUGUCUAUAGACUUAUACCGUACUACUACAAAUAGAUUUUUAUAUUUUGAACUUUUUUUUGAUGUAUUUAAUAUGUUAUUUGCAAUUAACUAUAAAAUAAUCCAAAAACUGAUUUACUACAAGUGAUUGCUGGUAAAAAUGCUUUGAAAUGCACUAAAUAUUUAUUAACAUUAGAAUAAAGUAGUGAUAGACCUUAAAGGGGAAAUAUUAAUCGUAAUACAUUGUAACUCGUAUUAAAUAUAUAAUAGGUGUUUUAUGAAAACCAGUAGAUAGCAUGUUAUUAAUGUUAUUGUAAGACGAAACAUUUCUGAAUUGUAAACUAAGAUUUGAGCCCUCUAUCAUAGAAAUGUACAUACAUUCAUAUGUAUAUUUCUACUGACAGUUUAUGAUUUAUUGAUGUUUAAAUAUUAGGUGCAAAGAAUCAAAGGAGGACUUAUUAAUGUGGCCGUUUUGAAACUUUUAAAAUUAAAUUUGUUCACGGAAUCGGUGGAGGCACAAUUUCCUUGCUUCGAGUCUUUGUAUCACUAACAGCAAUCACAAUAAUAGUAAUAUCUGUAUAUUUUAAUUUUUCUUUUUGUUUCUAAAUAAUGUUACACAAUAAAAUAUGACAGAGAGCUGUUACGAUAAUGUGUAAGAAUCUAUGUGUACAGUAUUGGUAUGAUUUAUAAAUAUUUUAAUUAUUGUAGUAGUUGAAUUUAACAAUUAUCGUUACCAUAUUUCAUGAAAGAUGUACUAUAUAUUCGUAUAAAAUGUUGAAUAAAUGUGUUUAUAAAA